AUGUCAGCCCUCUUCCAUUUUGAUUCAUGCUGCAGAUUAAUUAUCCUUCUUAUAUGCACAGUCACAUACAUAAAGAUACAUUUUCCAUCUUGGAUUACUAACAGAACUAAAGGAAUACCAUCUACCUUUUAUAAACUAAGUGUAAUAGGAGAAAGGCUUAGUAUCUAUGUAGCUUUUAUUUGUUUACUUUUUGGGAUAAAGAAGUUGGUUUCAAUAAUUAUAUAA